UUUACUUCAAUUUGUUUGUUUAUCUUCAAUAUCCCACAAUUAAUUUGUAACGGAAAAAACAUAUGUGCAUGCAUGCAUGUUUCGAUCACGAUGAUGUCCGGAUUACAAAAUAUAAUCUUGUUUAUUGAGGCGAUAAGCGUGGUAUAUGCCUUGACGUUUAUCACAUUUUUGUUGGAUGGCGUGGAUGGUAGAAGUAUUAUCACCCUAAAUCCACCGGACGGUAGUACUUUCGAUGAUGCAUCUUUUCUUAGUUCAAAGAUCGCAGCUGAAAAAACGAUAAUAGUCGACGUUAAUGGACAAGGAAAUUUUAUAUCUAUACAAGAUGCCAUUGAUUCGAUUCCUAACGGCGAUCAAGAUUGGGUCAUCAUUCAUGUCAGAAAAGGAAUUUACAGGGAAAAAGUAACAAUUCCUAGAGGAAAAUCCCAUAUUGUGUUAAUGGGAAGUGGAAGGACUAAAACAAGCAUUGUUUGGUCACAAAGUUCUGAAAAUAAUUAUGAAUCUUCGACCUUCAAAGUGGAAGCAUCUGAUUUCAUUGGGUUUGGUAUAAGUUUCAAAAACGAUGCGCCCACAGGGAUUGCUAACACCUCACACAAUCAGUCUGUAGCCGUAUAUGUUGGCGGAGACAAAGUUGCAUUCUAUAGCUGUGGAUUUUAUAGCACUCAUAACACCCUUUUUGAUAACAAAGGUCGACAUUACUAUGAUGGAUGUUACAUUCAAGGUGCCAUCGAUGUCAUUUUUGGUCGCGCUCGUUCCAUAUUUCAUGAAUGUGAGAUAUUUGUGAUAGCCGAUAAACGAAUUGAGAUUCAAGGGUCGGUGACCGCUCACAGCAGAACAAGCCCAAAUGAAAACACCGGUUUCGUGUUCAGUAAUGGGAGAGUUUAUGGAAUUGGACAUGCUUUCUUGGGUCGGCCUAAUGGUGAUCAUUCUCGAGUCAUCUUUGCAAACACUUAUCUGUCUAAGACCGUAACACCUCAAGGAUGGACCGACUGGAACCAUCAUGGCAGUCUACAGAAUCUAUACCACGCUGAAUACAAUUGCCAAGGGCCGGGAUCUAGUACAGAGGGGCGAGCUCCAUGGCUGAAGAAACUAACAGAGGAAGAAGUCGCACCUUUUUUGUCUUUAGAUUUCAUCGAUGCCAAGAAGUGGUUGAUAGCCGGACAAUCCCAUCGACAACGACGGACAUGAUUGAUCCAUGCAUAUCUAUCAAAUCUAUCUAUCAGACGCA